AGGGGGCGCGGCGGCCGCCGCAGGCCGGGCUGCCCGCCAUGGCGGCGGCGCGGGGCGGUGUUUCCCGGGCGGUGGCGGCGGCCGUGCCGGCCUGUCACGUGCGGGCCGGGCCGGUUCGGUCCGGUCGGGUCCCGGGCGCUGCGGGGCGGCUGCCGGGCGCGCCGGAAGCGUGGCGCUGUGUGGCGGAGGCGGUGUUAACUGCUGCUGCGCCGGGUGUCCGCCUGGGCCGGCGGUCUUGCAAAAGCUCGGGGGAGGGUGUCUUUUUCUUUCUCUUCCUCCUCCCUUUUUCUUUCUUUCUCUUCCUCCUCCCUUUUUCUUUCUUUUUCUUUCUCCUCCCUUUUUCUUUCUUUCUCUUCCUCCUCCCUUUUUCUUUCUUUCUCUUUCUCCUCCCUUUUUCUUUCUUUUUCUUUCUCCUCCCUUUUUCUUUCUUUCUCUUUCUCCUCCUCAACUAAAGCUCUUUGAAGUGUCCAAUAACAUCUUCAGUGCGCUGCUUUUACGGUUUCUGGCUCCAGGCCUUUAAGCACGCACUUCAGAGGCGCGCAGGUGGGCCGGGCGGGCGAGCUCCCCUCCCGCGGGACACGCUGGGCGCGUUUGGGGACGGGCGCGCGGGACCCAGAGCCCUGCGUGAGGUGAGGCUGGAGACCGCACGGCAGCAGGUCUGGGAGCUGGGUCUGGAAGCCUUGAUUUUCAGCCUAACCAUGGCACACGUUGUCCUUUACGAGGCCCUGUUGCAGUGCAGCGGCACCAGACAGCAGAAAGUGACCGUUCAGCACCGUUUUGACGUUCUUUAAGUGAAGUCUGAAAGGAAAGAUGCCUGUUGAAGUCCGCAGGAAUUCAGCACAAGUCGAGGCCGCACAAUUUGGCUUUAACACUUGGGAAAGAGGUACGUUAGUUCCCUAUUCCCUUGAAGGAACUGCUCGUCAUUAUUCUGCUUGCAGGAAGCUGGUGAUUACACUCCUUGGGGAAGCAAGCCAGGUUUCACAAAGAACUGUUGAAAUUAAGCCAAGAUUUUAAGGAUCAGCAAGCUAUUAAGGCUUCAAGGAGAAAGGGACAGAGGGAAUAGUUAGGCGACAGCUGUAUUACAGAUUUAUCUGUUGGAAAAGCUUCUAACCCCUGCGUUCUGCUGUGACAAAUAGCACGCUUAGUUAUGUGUGGUUGCAUGCUCAGAGCAGAGCAGUGGCCAAGGCAAGUGACUUACAAGAGAAGCUGAUACCCGAACAACACAGACCAGUCUACUAAACACACAAGAUGUGACUGGAGGAUGUGGAGAAGUGGAGGCCUUUUCCCAGAGUUUCCUAGGGCAUAUACCAAAUCUCCAUAACAUCUGUGUUUCUCAGACCUUGCAAGCCACUUCUGCAAAUAUUCAUAGUUGUUUGAUGCUUGGAUAUUGCUUCUUACAAAAUUCCAUUAAAGAUGAAGCUAAUCAUCUCCUGCAACUUGUCUGUCACAGCACUUGUUAUCAGCUAGGCGCUUAGAUUCAAACUUAAGCAAGCUGACUCCCAGACGUGGCGCUCCUCCCUCGCUCCACACCAACCUCGUGGGAGUGGAGGUGAAGAGAGCUUGUGAAGAUCAAUGCAUGUAUCUACGCUGCUGGUGGUGAUACAGAUGCUAAUACACAACCCAGCUCUGCAAGCGGAAUAGUGUUUCUUAAGGAAGGAGUCUCAAGUCCCUGUGUCCCGUCUAUGGGAGGAGCUGAAGCCAGCUUUGCCAUAGUUACUUUCGGACUCCAGUCCUGCCGAGAGGUUGUACUUGUGACUCGAAGCCAGCAGCCUGAGGAUCAGCACUGUUAUUAACUCUGUAAGAAUAGCUUAUCUGUGUGCCCCAGAAGGGUGUGACUCAUGAAGAUCACAAGUUUUUAGAACAAGCAAAAGCCCAGCCUGCUGAUUAAAAGAAAAUAUGCUGAGAUUUUCCGACAGGAGAGCCACAUUGCGUUUGCAAAGGGCAGCAGCUGCGUUCUGAGAUGCACACGGUCGGGAUUUUGCCGGCUUCCAGAGCUUGCAUUUCCACCAUUGACUGGCAACUUUACGAUGGAUGACAGAGCGGACUCUUUGCUGAUGACCGUUCAUCUUCUUGCCAACUCGGGAUAUUCAUCGCUUCUGCAGCAAACUCUGGAUCGGCUUUUGGAAUGGAUUUGCCCGGACAUUCGACUUUUCCUUGUGUCUGAGCGUGUUACUCCAUUGAAAUACUAUGAGAGUUAUCGUAAGAAAAGCUGUGGAUUUCCUGGAAUGUCUGUCCUCCUUUUUCUACAUGAGGACUUCGGAGAAGAACGGAUUUUUCAGGUCCAUGAUUUCUUCCAGCAUCCGCCGUGGCGCUACCAGUGCGCACAAAUUGGGCAAAGCCAUCCCUAUGCACCAGCUAGCCAGGACUUCUAUGGCCUAGAUGACCAGAUGCCUGUGUGGGGCAUCAGGCAGGUGCACUGCGGCUCUGAAAUUUUGCGUGUGACCCUGUACUGUAGUUUCGAUAACUACGAUGACGCAGUGAGACUGUAUGAGAUGAUCCUACAGAAAGAAGCAACUAUGCAGAAAAGUAACUUCUGUGUCUUUGUGCUGUACGCAACUAAAAACAUUGCUGUUCAGCUCUGCUUGAAGCAGCUGCCCAUUGGGGUGUCUGUUGAGCCGAAAGAAUCAUCAGUCCUGCAGUUCAAGGUGCAAGAAAUCGGGCAGCUGGUGCCUCUCCUGCCUAAUCCUUGUAUUCCUAUCAGCAGCACCAGAUGGCAGACGCAGGAUUAUGAAGGAAACAAAAUUCUGCUUCAGGUUCAAGGCAACUCCAAGCACAGUGAGAAAGAUGGUGGGUUUUCCAGUCAGCAUAAUAAUGCAGGCAACGAAAAACUCCUCUGUAACUCUGUCCCCGUCCCUUUCCCCACAAAGCGGGUUAGCCCAGAACAGAGGAGCCAGACAGUCAGAACUGUGAAGGGGAGAACGAAAUCUGGACAGAGUGAAGCUCUCGCUCCCGAGCCAACAAGCAGCGUUCUUCACGGUCCCUUCUGCACUUCUCAGAACAGUGCAGCAGCCCCAUCCCAGUGGGACGCCGCUCCUUUCCAUGUGCACUUGAGCAGUAAGCUGAAAACAUCUCACCAGGAAAGCCAGCCUCCUAGACAGGAGGCUGAGACCAACGUUGACACCGGGUUCACUGUGGUAAAUGCUGACUGUGGCCGCUGCCCUCUGACCUGCUUUUCCAGGGAUUUGCGGACCAGCCUUCUCCAGCCACGAGCACCCAGCUAUUCCAUGGCCGCGGCUGGCUGCAGCGUCAGCUUGCCCUCCGAGGACAGAACCCAUCUGUCCUCUUUUGCAGCCAAAAGGAAUAAAGGAGCUGGACAAAGAGCUUCAGGCUUUCACUUGCAAAUAUCGAGAGCCAGCCCUGGAAACGGAACUGAGGAGGAGGAAGAAUUCUUUAUAUGACUGAAAACAAAUGUGCCAGAUGGACUGAUCACUUCCAAAUGAUGGCUAAGUGCUUUAAUCUGGAAACACACAGAAUGCAAUCUGCAUAUCAUGCUACUUUGUGCUGUGACCACUGAUGCAUACCUUACCUUUGUAACUGUGAAAAAACUUCAGUAGAAGGUUUACUGAGGUAGAGGGACACUUACUUUCCAUGAAGUGAUACUAAGGAGGCUGAAGGCAAAGCAGGAAAAAUAACACUAUUUACAGAAAGGUUUAUUUUUUAAUGCAGUGCAGAUUGGAGGAUUAUUGUGCAAUGAAUAGGAAUAAGCCAUACAAAUCCUACUGCUGUUGUAAAAUGUUAAGAAAUAACCAGUAAUAUGUUCAGAUAGUGUUAGGGCUUAUAGCUCCUUUGAGUUGCAGCCAAAAGACAGCACAGUGACCACCUGCAGGGGCCGGUCCUCAGCUGGCGUGGGAGCACUGGCCCAGGGUAGCGGUGUGGUUGAGACACUUGCACCCAUCUGUGUUCCUCCUUACUUCCCCUAUGGUUGGUAUUUAAAAACUAUCAAAGUUGUCAAUUUUAUGCAUGAAUCAAAACAUAGGAACAUUUUCUUGGAAUUAUUUUUGAAGAAAAUAUUUCUCCAUUGGCCUUUUCCCAAAUUAGCAUUGUACACACAAAAAGGAAACACUUGCAAAGAAUUGUUUGAGCUAUGUUUAUGCUUCAGUAAGACCUUUCCGUUGCCUGGCCUUAUGAUAGUUAACAAAAUAAAACCAUGAACAGGGCUAGCCUUUGUUAGACCAGCGUGCAAUUAUCAGCAGGAUGAUGGAAAUCCUAAUUGGAUUUUGUAGAACAGAAGACAAGAGAAGUCAGAGUCUGGGGGAGAACUGCCAGAAUACUGAAGGGUAAAAAGGACAGGAGAAAUGAAGUAAUUGAAAAGCAACGGAUGCCUGAAUAACUCCAGUCUUGAUCAACAGUUUUGUUUUCUCAAGUAGGAUUAACUAAAUCUUAAAGGGAAAGAGAUGGGAAGGGCAUGACUGAGGAAUGAAAUUAUGAAAAGAAAAGCAAAAUCUGAUCAUCGUAUUUGCCUUCCAAAAAAUCAGAAAUAAAAAGGUAUUUUCUCCUUAAAUAUAUGUGAAUUCUGCUCUACAUGAAGAUGUGAAUUUCUUUGGAAAGUGCCUACUCGCUGCCUCUUGUUAGCUCGUAACUCAGGCUUGCUUUGUGAUGGUUUCUGCCCGUCCGAGGGCAGGAAGGAGGUGACAAACACCAGCGAUGUGUAACCGCAGAGCACUCCUGCAGCACAGUUCUGGAUAAUUUUAGUAGUGUUCAGCGCCGGCAUCUGUGUCAGCUGAACACAACCCAUGUUGCACUGGGGGAACUUAAUUACCUGGAAAAGUGCACACUGAAAUUCUUUACUACUCGUGGACUGUGUGGUCCGGUAGGACUGGAGAGUGGUGCGACUGCUGCGCGUUGCUCUGGGAGGGUCCAGCUUUCCAGGGAGCGUUUAAAGGCACAGCUGAGGAUAUCUGAAGAGGUGCAGCUAGGGAACAGGGCAGCCCCCACUCCGUGCCUACACGCUCUUGUAGCUGUUUUUGCCCUGGCGGUGGUGCCCAUGUACGCUUCAGUCCAGGGAUCUAAAUCUGCAGAAAACGAAACAAUUCAAAAAAAAAAUAGCAGAAAGGCGGGGGGGAUAGUUUUCUGCUGGGGGAGGCAAGGAGAGGAGAUGAGAUUGUAUCUUGCUGCAGCAUUGAGGUGUUGGAUUGGUUUUGCUGCACCAUCAAAGCUGUGUCACCGCCUAACUUUUGUUCUGUUGCUUUGCUUCAAAUAAACCUAUCUGGAGCGUGGGGCUGCCCUGGGAGGCAGCUGCGUGGUUGCUCCCAAAUCUCUCUGUGAGCGUGCUGUCUCCCCGCUCAGCGACCACAUGGGUGCCAGCUCGCACCCGGCCUCCUGGGCUCGAAAGGGAAGCAGGCGCCGUCCAUGCCGGCAGGUCUCGGCACUCCCGUUGCCACAGCGCGGGUGGGAGAGCGGGGUGGAAGCUGCCUGGAGAAGGGCGUGCGCAGGAGAUGUGGUGUCCGCAGUGCUGAGUGACAAGUGCUCCCGGUGAUGGUCCCAAGGCCGGGAACCUUCAUGCUGUGCCAUGCUCUUCAGAAAGCAUCGUACAAUGUGCUGGAGUCCUAAAGAGAGGAAGAUGCACUAUUUCGGUUUUAGCUAUCACGGAUUUAGCUUUGCAGGGCUGUUGUCAGAGACAGAUGACCAUUUUCUACUUAUUUCAUCAGACACUUGACAAAAAGACCUAUCUUUUCCUGUGUUCUGUAAAGUUUUGAGUUUUUUAAUAAAGCAUAGAGCGCUA